AUGGCAUGCUGCUCAAACUGUUCACCAACGAACAAGCGACUUUGUGCGCUAGGCAGCGCGACUGCUGUGUGUGUGUUCGCGCUGGGCCUCGGGUUCCUGUGGCCGGCGCUAGUAUGGCAGAUUGCGAAAAGCGAGUUCGUGCUCGUGCCGGGCACCGAACUGUACGACAAUUGGUAUGAUCCUCCGAUCGAUAUGUACCUGGAGCUGUACCUCUGGAACUGGACGAAUGCCGACGACUACCGGCAGGAGAACUACAAGCCGCACCUCGAGCAGCUCGGUCCGUACACGUUCCUCGAACGGCACGAGCGGGUCAACCUGACGUGGAGCGAGGACGAGGAUUUGCUGACCUUUCAACAGCGGCGCAUCUGGCACUACGUGCCGGAAAAGUCGGUCGGUGACUACGAGAACGACCGCGUCGUAACGAUCAAUCCGGUCCUUUUGACCGUUGGUUAUGCGUUACGCAACGAACCGGAAUUCCUGCCAUUGAUCGACAGCAUCAUCAUGCUGAAUGCACUCGCUACCAGCCCCUUCUACAACGUUCUAGUUCGCGAAAUGAUGUUCGAUGGCUACGACGAUAAUCUUCUGACCAGUCUGCUGUCCUUGCUAGCCGUAUUGCCUCCGGGUGCGCUGCCUCCCAUCGACCUACCACCGUACGAUAAGUUUGGUUGGUUCUUCGGGCGCAAUGAAAGCGAAACGUAUGACGGUACGUUCACCGUCGGGACGGGCAAGGACCACGUCCAGAACACCGGUGUCAUGCGGCUCUGGAACGGGGCGAACACUACCGAUUACUAUCGCGGCCGGUGUGGUCAGGUGUUUGGGACGACCGGCGAGGCGUGGCCUCCGUUCGGAAACCUACGGGGGAACCCACCGAACGUGAGUGUCUUCGCACCGGACGUGUGCAGUGCGGUCACGUUGGAGUACCUGGACGAGGUGGAGCGGUUCGGCAUCAAAGGACUGCGCUGGUACGGGAACGAUCGGGUGUUCGACAACGGUGUGCACUACGAGGAGACGGCCUGCCAGUGUACGGCGGAGGACGAAGCGAGCUGCCCGGUACUGGACAAUGGAGCGAUGGAUGUGUCCCGCUGUAAAUUCGGUGCCCCGGCAACGGUCUCAUUUCCCCACUUCUAUCUUGCCAACGAGAGCUACCUGAACGCCGUUAGCGGCAUGGAGCCGAACGAGGAAGAGCAUCGAUUCGUGAUGGAGCUGGAACCAUACACCGGGGUGCCACUGAACGUAAAGGCUCAGCUGCAGAUCAAUCUGAAUCUCCGGAACUAUGGAAUUACUCUCCUCAAUGGCAUCCCUGACGUCAUGCUACCGGUUCUUUGGUUCCGGCAAACGGCUACUAUCACGGAAGAUCUAGCUGAUGACAUUAAGCUGAUAUUACUGCUUCCGGACAUCGGCGUGUACGUUUCGUAUGGUAUAGGCGCGAUUGGCCUGAUCGGACUGGUACUAGCAUUUUAUUUCUCCGUGACGAGGUGGAAGCUGGAAGGUGCUCCACCCAUUCCAUCUAAGGUAGCCAUAGAAUAGGAUCUAUGUAAAUUGGGGAAAACAACGUAUGUAUAACAAUUCGUGAUGGUCAAGUAUAUAUUUUAAAUACAACGAACAAGUUAUGAAA